AUUCAUGUCGAAGUCCAAUUAGUGGUUGUUCCCCGAUAUAAUACACACUCUUUCUAUAAUAUAAGCAUAAUAAUUUCAGAAAUUGUCAAUGUUCUCGGGAGAACACGUAAACUAAAAACACAAUUACUAUAUGCAUGAGAGAAAAAAAAUGGCAAAUGAUCGAGAAGUUUUGAGGGAAAUCUGGGAAGGUAAAGUACCUGUUUGUUUUCAACUAGAUUCCGAGGAAGUCUGCGAAUUGCGAGCGCCAGAUCCAUUCUAUUUGAUGGUUCCUAGAUUGAGUUACUUCCCACUUUGCACUGAUAAGGUUAGAAAACAUUUUAUGCGAUACAUACAACAGGACAAACAGGAGAACGAGAUGUGGUUAGAAUUCAAUGGUAUACCGUUAAAAUGGCAUUUUCCAAUUGGAGUUUUACUUGACACUUAUUCUAACGAUGUGCAGUUACCCUGGAAUAUAAUCGUACAUUUUGAUAAAUUCCCUGAAAAUUUUAUCAUGCACUGUUCCAAUAAAGAGGUCGUCGAGUCUUACUUCCUUUCGUGCAUCAAGGAAUCUGAUGUAUUGAAACACCGAGGGACUUUAGUUUCCAGUAUGCAAAAGAAAGAUCAUAAUCAAUUGUGGCUUGGUCUUCUGAAUGAUAAAUUCGAUCAAUUCUGGGCAGUAAAUCGACGUUUAAUGGAACCUAAUGGUCCAGACGACAGUUUCAAAUAUAUUCCUUUCCGAUGCUACAUUAGCGAAGAAAAAUACGUGCAAAAAUUGGUAAAACCAGUCAACGAAGACGGUCAAAGAAAAACAUUGAGACACUUACUUAAUGAAGUAUUUCCAAAUCAAGAGAAUCUUGAAUUUGUAACUCAUGGAAUUAAUCUACCAUUGGAUACACCUCUCCAAUGGCUCUCGGAACAUCUCAGUUAUCCGGAUAAUUUUCUCCAUCUGUGUGUUACCUCUGUUUAAGCAUUAAUCUUCACAAUAAUAAAUAAGUCUAUGUAUGGUA